UGAAGUCUCCAUUUAAAAAAAAAUCUCAACUUUCGACAAAGGGACGGGGAAGAGAAAUGUUGAGAGGAGAAGGUUAGUUUUGUGUACGCACACGCACUCACAAGAGUGCACUGCCAACGUGUGGCUUUUGUUACUUGCAAGGAGUGUGUGCAAAGAUCCUACAGCAAGCUAUAGGAUCUUUGGUUGUUGUGUGAGAGGUGGCGAGCAGUGGCGAGUUCCGCUCAUUGUGUUGGGUUUUGCAAAGACCAUUGUCGUGGAACUCGCCACAUCUUGCAGACAGCAGGGGUGGCGACGGGCUAAUCUCACCCCACCGCGUCUGAGCAGGAGAAGGGGCCGCUUUCCCCUCCCUCUCACCAUCGUCGGCCCCCGGUAGUGCUUCACGCCUGGCUUCCACGAAAUGUAACCUUCUGCUGAAAUUGCAACCUACUCGCUGGAGAGCUACCACACAGACUGUUAAGCCGCUGCCUUGGUACCCGCUACACACUGAGUCAGGAGCUAGGAUCUUUGGUCAGGAGUGAAACCUUGCCGAGGAUGACGCGCAGUAGACGUGUGAAUUGGAAGGAGAUUCCUGCCUGCUCUCCAGUUCUCUAAUUUAAUCCUCUCCCUAUAUACCUUUCCAGGUCAAAAAACGAUUCUCCGCCUCCUUCCCCAACCUCACUCCGCUUGGCAGCAAUCCGUACAAAGAAGGAAAGCGUCUAAUCUGACAACGCCACAUUUCGGGAAACUCUUUGGCUAGUCUGAAAUAUUAAAUGACUCUUUGAGGAGGUGGUGUCACCGAAUCGGGCAGCGAUGACUGAGGUGGAACCUGUGCUGGACUUUGCCACGUCGGGGCGGACGGGCCGAAGGAACGCUUUGCCUGACAUCCUGGGCUCGCCAGCAGGGGUCAGUCCGUCAGAACUUCCCAUGAAACUGGCAGAGUUAUCCAUCAAUGCAGGAGCAGAAGGAACUCAGACACCAUCGACAGAGGUGCCGCCCGAAUCAGCAGAGAGUCCAGAGUUGAAAGAUGCGUCAUAACAUGCUGGAAAGAGACGUUUACACUAAAGACAAAGUGUUAAUAAAGCUUUAAAUGAGUGAGCUGAAUGCUGUCAGGAUUCCUUGAAGCUACAUGCCAAGUUCAUCAAUGCAGCAGUGGGUGGCAACAAUGUACAGAACUGAACAAAAUAAAUAAUUCAAUGGUACAUCUUGGAAAGGAAGCUGGAAGAUGAUCAAGAGGGAAAUGAAGUCAAGAACUUAAUCUUCAAGCCGAACUUUUAAAGAACUGUCACUUGGAUUAAGGCCCAGAGAGUAAUGGCAAAUGGUGUUUCAAUUUAAUUGCUACCUGUCAGUCACUUAGUGCUCCAGAGAUUUUUUUUUUUCACUUCUCGGUGUAAAUCCUUGCAAAUCUGUCAAAGCAGUAAAGAUAUGCACACAACUACUGCGACGUGUAUGAACACCUGGUUUUCAAAUCAUUCAAUCCAAUUUAUGUAGCUUUUUCAGAGUAAGCUGUGAAAACAAAUCCUUUAAAAUAAUUUUCAUCCGAUGUCAAAAAAAUAUCCAUUCUGUAUGCCUGUACCUGAGGUAGCUUGAACAUUUUCUGAAGUGUUCUGUUUUCGAGCUAUUGUGGAGCAAAAUGUUACUCGUGUGAAUGUCUUCUAUCAGCUGUUGCGAAGAAAAACCAUCCUGAUCGAAAUCAAUACCUAAUUUUGCCUCUUUGCAAAUGUUGUUAUUUGUUAACUAAAUACUGCAGUGUACAGGGGAGGGGGUCUCUGGGUUACAAAUGCCCUGACUUACGAACAAUCCGACCUUGCGCAUAUUCUCCCAUAAAUUUCUAAAGCACAUAAAGCUAGCAACAAGAAAAAAAUAAAACAUUUCAUGAUAUUCUGUG